AUGAGACAGACUUUAGUUAAUGAACUGGUGCUUGUGAACCAAGUUUUGGCCCCCAAACUGAACGACAAGAGCGGGAACCGAAGGAAACGGGCAAGGAGCUCACCAGCGGAUAGCCUCGAUCUUCCUGAAUUGGCCAACCAGCCUCUGUCAGAUGCCGAGCAGAAGGUCGAGGACAGGGCCACCCUGAUGACACCCCCUACUGAGCACACUCCAGCUCUAAAGAGCUCCUCAGCAAACCAGGGAGCUUGCCUCGGGUUUGGUCACUCUUCCCGAAACUGUAAGGGACCCGACCGAGCCAAGAAUUGUUUCAGGACAGCUGACUCCCUUUUAGAUCAGCUGGCCCAAGAGAUCGGCGUGGACACCCUUCUGAUCAGCGAUCAGUACCGUGACAGGGACCCACAUUUCUGGUUCCCAGAUUCUCUCGGUACUGCCGCUUGUUGGGUUCGAAACAGCACCGAAGCACCAGUGCAAGAUCACGGACGCGGCCGUAGCUUCGUUUGGGUCAGGUGUAGGGACGUCACGUUGUUUAGUGUCUACCUUACCCCAGACGAGCCGAAUUGGGAAUUCCGUCUGAAAAUUGACCGCUUAGAGGACAGUGUGCGCGGUACCGUUGGGCAUGUCGUUGUUGCUGGUGAUUUUAAUGCGAGGGCUGUGGAGUGGGGUAUGAUCUCUACAAACUCCCGGGGGAAAUACAUGCUGGACUUUGCCGCCAGGGCCGGACUUGUCGUCUUAAACGAGGGAGACACGCCUACCUUGCGGCACCCCGGCAUGAGAUGA